AAAGAAUUAAUUUGAAUGUUAAACAUAUGUGGUCUUUUUACAACUUACUUAGUGGGGACGAAUUCUGGGACUUAGAUAGGCGCUGUUUUGCACUCUUGAAAGAAGCUAUCCGUCUGAAACCCGGUUAAUCUUCGCCGAGCAAAUGGGCCAGUUGGUGGUGAAAAUCAAGGAAUGGCGCGAAAAACUUGAGUUAUCGCACGACAAGGCAAAACAGGCGUCGUCCCAAAGCAGUCGUCCAGAGAAAAAGUCUUUAACAAGUGGAGACUCCAAGGAACAGAAUAGAGAUUAUGGAUCAGUACACAAAAUUGAACACUUACCCACAGAGGAAUUGUUCAAGAAACUGGAAACGUUAGAGUGUCUGUUAGAUAACCAAAGAAAAUUUCUGGAGGACCAUGGUGUUAAGAUAAAAGAGAUAGAAAAUGUUAUUAAUAAACUUACCGCGGAGCACGAGGAGAAAGAGAAACAAACCGAGAAAGAUAUUCAGUCCAACCUGCAAGAUGUUGUGUUUGAUCUACUGGUUGGAUCAACCAACGAAGAUGACGAGCGGACCGAGUCAGGUGAUCCUUGGAGUAGACUUGAGCAUCACACAAGGAUUCUGAAAAAUCACGAAGAGCGGCUUGAGAGUAACAUCACCAAGAUCGAAAUUAUCAGAGAAAUGUUGGACGAGAAAAAAGGUGAAAGAGAACGCUCGUUGAAGCGGAAACUCAACGAAUACGAAGAACAGUUAAAGAAAAGAAGUGAAAGUUACGAAAAACUGAAAAGAGAGGUUGAGGAGCAGCUUCAAACACAGCAGCAACUUCAAGAUAACAUGUUAGCGGGGCUAAUUGUGGGUUUUGUGAUACUGGUGAUGAUCUGCAUGCUACCAAGAACCCUGUUGGUGUCAGGAUAGUAUGUUUCACAUUUUCUACGUUUUUAGGUGAUGCAAAUUUAACAAAUGUUCAGUUUCAACGUUUUCGCAAACCUUUGCAAAAGAAAAUAAUCAAUAUAUCUUUUACAAGUGUAAGAAUACCGUUUUAGAUAAUAUACUUGAUAAAGAAAAGUCAGCAUUCUCAUCUGUAUUGCAAAUCAUUCACGGCUUCAUUCUCAGUCCAUGCGCUGUUAGUCCUUAGUUCUCUCUCUCACUGAAUCCCCAUAAUGUCGGAAGCUUUCACGAGCUUUUGUUAAAUUUCGCCUCAAACUGAGCAACAGUUGUAAAAUGUAUAAAUAAACUGUAAAAUAAUAUAAAAUCUCCAGAAACUGUCAUUAAAAAAGAAAUUUAAUUAGUGUCCUCAGGAGUCUCUGAGUCUUGCAGUGUCCAUUUCAUUGAUGUAGCUACGGCCCUCUCUGGCUGGGGUCACCAUAGUCCAGUUCUGACCCUCCCUGUCACGUACCUCUCUCCCCAGGGUGUAGCGUUUCGUGACAGAGAGUGACUGGACUAGGGGUCCUAUGCUUUUGUUUCUUACCUCAUGGCAAGGGUCACUGGAAUACAACCACAGUUUUUUACUUGUCUUACAGGGCUAAAUUUGUUUUCAAAACGGCAUAACAGAAAAUUUUAAUCAGCUUUAUUGGGAAUGACAGAAAAUCGUCUGGAAAUGACAAAAGCUGAUCAGGAACUAAUUUAAAGUUCUGUUGUUGACAUAUUGUAAAAAAGUCACUCUGAUAAAAUCAUUUGAUGUGUACUCUGCUCAAGAAUUUAUUCAUUGCCUAAUUUAGCAGCUGGGUAUUCAUUUUAUUUUUGAUGUUUAAAGGAGGCUUAUUUGUGUUUUUUGAAAUAAACGUGUCUAGAAGUGAGAUCUUCCAUUUGAAGGAAUUGAACCCUGACAUGAAAGAAGCAAUUGUGACGCUAGGGAUACCAUUGAUUCUGCAAUGCAGGAUAAUGUCAAUUGAAGCCAGGGUUUUAAAUUUCUUUUUAUACGUUGUUCUUAUUUUGCAAACUGGGCACUUAUUGGAAUUGGUGCACUUAAACCAAGAGAACGAUUAUUAGUACAGGGGCACCUGGAGGAAUAGGGACACUUAUUUAGCACACACACACAGUCUCCUUUGCAGCCGUUAUUAGGGUCGUCACGCAACGCUUCUCCCCCACAGUGGGGAAGAAGCGUUGCGUGACGACCCUAAUAACGGCUGCGAAGGAGACUAACACACACACACACUAAAAAAUUAUUGGGACACUUACUAUGUGCCCCUCAACUAACUGUGAAUCUCACCAAGCAGAAAGAGAAGGGAAUCAAUAUCUUGCGGGGUACUUAAUAGGGCACAUAUUAGAAGUUAUUGACUAGUUAGGUUUUUUGACAAUGGAUUAAGCUAUAUUUCCUGAGAGUGAAUAGUCAAAAAGGUACAGCUGAUCCCUUUAUACGGGAAAAAAAAAAAA